GCGGCGCGAACGGCAGCGCGGAGGGUGGCUCUGGGCUUGGCUCAGUGACUUCCCGCGCAGGGCCGGGCGGGACAAGGACCUGCUGCGUAGGCGGUCCUGGAGGAUGCGGCUGCAACCUCAGGCAGCGGCAGCGGGAAGCCCGGCGUCCUGCAGGUCAGCUGUUCAGUAGCAGCGGCCCUGGAGGGCUUGACGCCUUCACAGUGAUGGCGGAGAAGCGCCCACUGGGGACUCUGGGGCCUGUGAUAUAUGGCAAACUGCCCCGCCUGGAAGCAGACUCAGGGCCUGGACAUAGCCUGCCCCCCUCUGCUGGUAACCAGGACCCCUGCAACUACAAGGGCGCUUACUUCUCCUGUCCCAUGGGGGGUACUUCCAAGGCAGGAUCUGAACGGUUGGCAUCCUGGACCCCAUACUCACCCUUGUACUCCACAAGCGUAGCAGGACCGCCACUUCGGCCAGACAGCCUGUUUACCAACUGCCUGCUGUACCGCCCACCAGCGGAAGGUUCUGAGAAGAUGCAGGACUCCAGCCCUGUUGAGCUCCUGCCGUUCAACCCCCAGUCUCACACAUACCCGGGCCCACCACUGGCAGCACCCAAACCCGUCUACCGCAGCCCCCUGUGUUAUGGGCUCUCGACUUGCCUGGGGGAGGGGCCAGCUAAGAGGCCACUGGAUGUUGACUGGACCCUGGUGACUGGGCCCCUGUUGUCCUCUGCUGACCCACCCUGUUCUCUGGGCCCAGCUCCUGGGAAGGGCCAGGCCCUGGACAGCACCUUUUUACAUGGAGUGCCAGCUGGGGGAUCUGGCAAAGACCCCUCAGUGAGUUUCUCCUCAUGCCAGGCAUUCCUGGAAAAGUAUCGGACCAUCCACAGCACAGGCUUUCUGGCCUCUAAGUACACAGGUCCUUACUCUGGGGACUCCAAACAAGCAAUAGUAGAGGGGCCUUCGAGUCCUUGGACACAGCUGGCUCAGCCCCUGGGGCCACCGUGCCAGGAGGCAUUGCCUACCCACUACCCACUCCCUCCCCCUCCACAGGCCCUGCCUUGCCCCCCACCUUGUCGUCACCCGGAGAAGCAGGGCAGCUACAGCUCUGUGAUCCCACUGCAGCCUCUGGGAGUCCAUAAGGGGACUGGAUACCAGGUUGGUGGGCUGGGCAGCCCCUACCUGAGGCAGCAGGCAGCCCAGACUCCGUACAUACCGCCAGUGGGACUGGACACUUAUUCCUACCCCUCUGCCCCACUCCCAGCACCCUCACCAGGCCUCAAGCUGGAGCCUCCUCUUGCUCCACGGUGCCCACUGGACUUUGCCCCGCAGACUCUGGGGUUUCCUUAUGUCCGGGAUGACCUGUCUCUCUAUGGGGCAUCCCCUGGGCUUGGAGGGACACCACCUUCCCAGAACAGUGUGCAGUCUGUGCCACAGCCCAGUGCCUUCCAGCAGGCGUGCCAGCCUUUGCCACCCAGUCAGCCAUGCUCUGAGCCUACGAGGCCUGCUGAAAAGCCAGCACAGGAAACCGAAGAAAAGACAUGGCUGCCCAGCUGCAGAAAAGAGCAGCUCCAGACCCCGCUCAGCGAACACUCUGGAGCUCCCAUUGUCAUCCGAGAUAGUCCAGUGCCCCGCACCUCACCAGCAUUGCACCCCUGUGCCCAAGAGCACCAGUCUCUCCCACAGAAGGAGGGUGCUAGACCGCCUGGCUCUCCACCAAUGCCUGUUAUCGACAAUGUCUUCAGCCUGGCCCCCUACCGUGACUAUCUCGAUGUGCAGACGCCAGAGACCACAGCUGAGCCAGAUUCAGCCCCAGCUACCAGUGAAAGCCAAGACAAAGACUGCAGGGGGACUUUAACUACCCAGGAGGGAUCCUCAGAGCCUUGCUGCUCACUUCGGGAGGAGGUGGCCUUGGACUUGAGUGUGAAGAAGCCCACAGCAGAGGCUGCUCCCAUUCAAGUCCCUGAUCCUACAGUGCAAACCAAGCCCACUGCAACCGUGGACACGCCAGAUGCAGGGAACAUAGGUUCAGGUCUUUCAGGGCUGAAAAAGAUGGUCUCAGAAGCACCUGGGUUGCCAGUGGCCGAAGAGGCCACACCAAGGACCAACUUUCACAGCUCUGUGGCCUUCAUGUUCCGAAAAUUCAAGAUUCUCCGUCCAUCACCCUUACCUGCAGCUGCAGACCCGGCCACACCCACCUCAGCUCCUGCCCCUGUACAGCCUGCACUCACCCCAUCAUCUGUACCCAUGGGACUGCAGAUUCUCACUCAGCCCUUGCCAGUGGCAUGCUUCAACCUGGCCCUGCCUAGCCCUCCAGCCAUAGCUGUGGCGGCCCCAGCCUCGACUCUAGCCCCUGCCCCUGCCCCUGCCCCUGCCCCUGCUCCUGCUCCUGCUCCAGCUCCUGCUCCUGCUCUAGCUCCAGCUCCAGCUCCAGCUCCUACUGUAGCCCCAGAAGACACCCCAGAGCAGCGUUUUACAGGGCUGCAUGCAUCCCUGUGUGAUGCCAUCUCAGGCUCCGUGGCCCACUCCCCACCAGAGAAGCUGCGGGAGUGGCUUGAGAUGGCCGGACCGUGGGGCCGGGCUGCAUGGCAGGACUGUCAGGGAGUGCAGGGACUGCUCAGCAAGCUGCUGUCCCAGCUGCAGAGGUUCGUAUGCACGCAACAGUGCCCCUUUCCCCACGUGGUGCGGGCCGGCGCCAUCUUCGUGCCCAUCCACCUGGUGAAGGAGCGGCUCUUCCCACGGCUGCCUCCUGCCUCUGUGGACCAUGUGCUGCAGGAGCACCGUGUAGAGCUGCGGCCCACUACACUGUCAGAGGAGCGUGCGCUGCGGGAGCGUGCCCUGCAUGGCUGUACCUCACGCAUGCUGAAGUUGCUGGCACUGCGCCAGCUGCCUGACAUCUACCCUGAUCUGCUGGGCCUACAGUGGCGAGACUGUGUGCGCCGCCAGCUGGGUGACUUUGACACUGAGGCUGGAGCUAUUCCCACCUCAGAACCCACUGUGGCCAGAGAUGAGCCAGAGAGUAUAGCCCAGGCUCGGAAGUCACCAGCCCCCAAGGUCAGGAAACCAGGGCGGAAGCCACCAACCCCUGGCCCGGAGAAAGCAGAGGCAACUGCUGGGGUUGGGUCACGUGGUCCCUCACCUACUCCUGCCAACAGCACCGGCCCACCUGGCCCCACGCUGAAGGCCCGCUUCCGAAGCCUUCUGGAAACUGCCUGGCUCAAUGGCCUGGCAUUGCCCACGUGGGGCCACAAGGCCUCAGGACCUGACCGGCCCCCACCUUGCCCACAGCUACUGGGCAGCCAGAGCCAUCACCUGUAAAGUUGGUUGCAGGUGCUGUUGGGACAGCCAAAUGUCUAGGAUCAGCCUCUGCUUCUGCUGCCCAGGGCCAGGAGUCCAUGCUGGGGUAUGGCCAAUCCCUUGGAGUAUCUUUAGCUCUCACGCUGGGGCCUGCGAGGCUGGACUGACUGAAAGCCCCUCAGCUUUUUAACAUGAGGGUCUUCAUUGGAAAGGACUACUUCCUGUUCUUCUCUAGAGAAAGCAUGUGGGCUCUGGAGCCCAACAGACCUGGCCCGAAUGCUGGCUGCUGUUCCUUGCUGCGUGACCUGGGCAGACCCUUCGCCUCUCUUGAACCCUCGUUCCCCAUUGUAACGUAGGACAACACGGCCUACCUCACAGGGUGGUUGUGGGGAGAUGCCUGACACACCCGUUGCCAGAUGGUCUCUGCUCCCUGCCUGAGACAGGUCUAGGACCUCAGCCCAGGCCUGGAAUAGGAAGCUGAGGCAGCAGAACCUCCUGUUAGAUAGUCUUUAUGUGUCUUAGGACUUGGUUAUCUUAAGAGUGGUACAUUGUACAGUGUAUAUGGCUUGACACACUUUCCCUGGUCUCUGCUGCUGGUGCAGCAAUAACAGCCUGGGACUGGUGUCCUUGCAGGUCUGCUGCUCCUGCCCCAGGGAAGCCCCAGGCCUGUCCUGCAUUGUCAGCCUCUCCGGUGACUUCCUGAGCUGCCUUUACCCACACCAGGCGUUGACCCAGGAAAGUUGUGUUUUCUGGAAGCCAAGCAGCUACAGGGACUCAGGGACUUAAAGCAGACAGGCUGAGUGGCAGCUCCGUCCUAGGAGGUCUCUGAAUUUCUGGACUGGGGACCCUGGUACUUCCCAAGCCAGAGCCUUAUUAGCCAGGCUUGCUGUGGGCCACCUCCCUGCAAAGUGCUGAAUUGAGCUGGAGGCUGGGGAGCUGGGGCCCUUGGCCUUAUUUAAGAGUUUGUGAUAAGCCUGUGGAC